CACUUGGGUGUUGAGGACAUGAACACCUUGUGUACUCAUUCCAGGUAUAAGUUCAUUGGGCGCAAUGAAUCACAGAUAUCUAUGGAUGUUCUUUUUCAGCAGUUUUGUUUCGGUUGCAUCUUCCCCAGAUUCUGCACGGCAUCUGGAAUAUGUGCUCAAGGGUCAAGAGAUUAACUUUUCGCCAUCUAUCCCCGGAAAACCCGAUCGAGUAGAGUGGAUACAUGAGGGUAGAGAUGUGGUGUGGUUCGAUCCGCAGACAGGCAAAGAAGAUGUUUCUCCUUCCUACAAGGACAGGAUCACUCUGGAGCAAGAAUCUGCAAGGCUCACCAUCAAAGAUGCCACAUAUGAAGACAGCGGAAACUAUGACUUAAAGUUGAUGAUAAAUGACCAGCAUCAUCGUUUAAAAUACAGAAUUGAGGUUAUAGACAAAGUAGACCAACCACACAUAUCGUGUGUGUUGACCAGCCCAAACAGAGUGUUGCUCGUUUGCUCAACAGAAUCCAAACAUCCUGAUUUAUUGGAGUUUAAGUGGAACUCAGAUGGAAAGGAGCAUCCAGGCCCAAACUUGCAAAUAAAUGUGAGGGGGAAACAUGAUGAUCGUGUUUAUCGUUGUGAUGUGAGCAACCCUCUGACCAAGGAAACGGCCAAUUUCACUGCUGGCGACUGCUUCCUAGAACCUUUUGAAAAGACAAAGAAAAGGAUUCGAAGAAGUCCAUGUAACACGCCUGACGUAUCCCAGGAUCUAAAAUAUGUGCUCAAGGGUCAAGAGAUAAACUUUAAGCCACCCAUCCCCGAAAAACCUGAUCUAAUUAUCUGGUUCUAUCACGAUGGCCGAAGUGUGGUAUUAUUUGACGACAAGGGUGAGGAAAAUUUCCCCUCAUACAAGGACAGGAUCAAUCUGGAUCACAAUACUGCGGAACUCACCAUCAACAAUGCCACAUAUGAAGACAGCGGAAGUUAUAGCUUAAGGUGGAACAUAAACAAUGAGGAAUGUCUCUUAAAGUACCCAGUUGAGGUUAUAGACAAAGUAACCAAACCCAACAUAUCCUGUGAAAUGGUCAACCUAAACCAGGCAGUCCUUGCGUGCUUAACAGAGGGCGAAAGUGAUCCUUUAAUAAAAUUUAAGUGGCGCUCACAGGGAACCGAGCAAACGGGCCCAAUUUUGGAAAUAAAUCUCAGUGAUGAACAAAAUGUUUAUCACUGUGAUGUGAGCAACCCCCUGACCAAGGAAACGGCGUCAUUCCUCGCUAAGGACUGCUUCCGUAUUGCCCCUUCCCCAGAUUCUGCACAGCAUCUGGAAUAUGUGCUCAAGGGCCAAGAGAUAAACUUUCUGCCGUCUAUCCCCGGAAAACCCGAUCUAGUCGGGUGGAUACAUGAUGGUAGAGAUGUGGUGUGGUUCAAUCUGCAGACAGGCAAAGAAGAUGUUUCUCCUUCCUACAAGAACAGGAUCACUCUGGAGCAAGAAUCUGCAAGGCUCACCAUCAAAGAUGCCACAUAUGAAGACAGAGGAAACUAUGACUUAAAGUUGAUGAUAAAUGACCAGCAUCAUCGUUUGAAAUACAGAAUUGAGGUUAUAGACAAAGUAGACCAACCACACAUAUCGUGUGUGUUGACCAGCCCAAACAGAGCGUUGCUCGUUUGCUCAACAGACUCCAAACAUCCUGAUUUAUUGGAGUUUAAGUGGAGCUCAGAUGGGAAGGAGCAUCCAGGCCCAAACUUGCAAAUAAAUGUGAGGGGGAAACAUGAUGAUCGAGUUUAUCGUUGUGAUGUGAGCAACCCUCUGACCAAGGAAACGGCCAAUUUCACUGCUGGCGACUGCUUCCUAGAACCUUUUGAAAAGACAAAGAAAAGGAUUCGAAGAAGUCCAUGUAACACGCCUGACGUAUCCCAGGAUCUAAAAUAUGUGCUCAAGGGUCAAGAGAUAAACUUUAAGCCACCCAUCCCCGAAAAACCUGAUCUAAUUAUCUGGUUCUAUCACGAUGGCCGAAGUGUGGUAUUAUUUGACGACAAGGGUGAGGAAAAUUUCCCCUCAUACAAGGACAGGAUCAAUCUGGAUCACAAUACUGCGGAACUCACCAUCAACAAUGCCACAUAUGAAGACAGCGGAAGUUAUAGCUUAAGGUGGAACAUAAACAAUGAGGAAUGUCUCUUAAAGUACCCAGUUGAGGUUAUAGACAAAGUAACCAAACCCAACAUAUCCUGUGAAAUGGUCAACCUAAACCAGGCAGUCCUUGCGUGCUUAACAGAGGGCGAAAGUGAUCCUUUAAUAAAAUUUAAGUGGCGCUCACAGGGAACCGAGCAAACGGGCCCAAUUUUGGAAAUAAAUCUCAGUGAUGAACAAAAUGUUUAUCACUGUGAUGUGAGCAACCCCCUGACCAAGGAAACGGCGUCAUUCCUCGCUAAGGACUGCUUCCGUAACAACAUACCGAAAGCUGAAAUUCCCAACUCUACUGAUUGGAUAAAUUACGUAAUCAUUGGAGCCGUUGGGUGCCUUGUAAUCAUUCUACGAAACAGUGUUUGCAGAAAAUUUCCAUGUUCAGAACGUUUGAAAAAUAUACCAGCAAAAUAUUUUGAAAAACAAGAAACUACAGAGGUCGCAAGUCCCAGUGCGGCCAUGGGAAUGAAACCCUUAGUGACACUCAGCACCAAUCAGACAAGAAAACGAAACCUUGGCUCAGCGGCGUCGACGGCGUCCGGCAUGAGUAACGGCCCCGAGCAGACACUGUCCCCGAUGCGCCUGGUUGUCCUCGGCUGGCGCUGGCCCGGCAAGAGCUUGACGGCCAACACCAUUUUAGGCCAUGAGGAGUUCCGGCUGGAGCGCGGCGCCGAAUUUAGCGUGACGCGGCACACGGUGGUGGCGGGGCGCCGAGUGACCGUGGUGGACACGCCCGGCUGGUACUCGUCACAGGACACACCCCUCUUGUACAAGAUGGAGAUUGCCCGUGGCGCCACCUUGUGUCCCCCAGGCCCGCAUGCCUUCCUGCUAGUAAUCCCUGUGGGCAUGUUCACAGUGAUGGACCGCAUCCGCAUCGAGGAGCACGUGGGUCUGUUUGGGGAGCGAGUGUGGCGGCACGUCCUGGUGGUGUUCACCUGGGCAGAUGUGCUGCGGAACAUAUCGCUUGAGCGUUACAUCCAUCGCGAGGGCGCAGAGCUGCAAUGCGUGCUGGACAAGUGCCGGCGGCGCUACAUACUGAUCAAAAACUGUGUUUUGGAGGACCAAAAGCAAGUGGUUGACUUGAUGGAGUGCGUGGACCAGAUGGUGGCUGAGGAAGGGGGCCACUAUCUGCUCGAGGAGGACUCCUGGGUGCUGGAUGAGAACCAGAGCCCGACUGGGACUGUUGGUAUUCACACCUGAAGCGAACCGCACCAGAGUUCAAUUGGAAGCAAACCGAGACCGGUCCGUCUGCACUGAAAGUGUUGCUUCUGUUCUUGGUUUUUCUUAAGAACUGAUUCGAGAUUGCAGGCAGCUGGAGGUCAUCUCUGGCCUCAAGUGUGGUGUCACUUUAUUUAUUGAUAUAUUUAUUGAUAUAUUCAUCAUAUUUACUGCACAAAUGUAAACAAAAGAACAAAAAAAAAAUCUACCAAAAAUAGUGAGCAUAUUGGAGGUCAAAAGUGACUCCUUCCAACGUCCACUACUCUCUGACAACGUAAUUUCCACUGAGGUGUAAUUAACUUCUACGUAUUGUUGUUUUCCUUUGUUUAUGGCCCAUCUUGGAUACUGGCAGAGUGUGAGUGCAUGUUGAAUGUUCUUUUCUCCUUCUGUCUUGUCUUUUUCUUCUGUUAUGAUAAUGGACCGUUCGUAUAAUGUUCUGACCACUGAGAGUUUGUAAGCUGUGGGAUGUUCUGAUCUCCAGAGGAGGUAAUGGUUCAUGUGAGUGGGUUUUCUGUAAACUGCGAUCUUUGCCCUGCUGUCGUCGCUGAGGUGGAUGUUCAAGUCCAGGAAAGAUACAGUCCGGUUUAUUUCCUCUUCGUGUGGGAAUUGUAUGUUGCCAGUGUUGUCCAUGGUGUUCAGGUGGUUAUUGAGUUCUUGUGUGACCGGUUUUCAUUUUUUCCAGGAUGUCAACGCCUUAUGUUUUCCAGAAUGUGGGUUUACAGAGAGUGAGUGCCGCGUGGAUAGCUUUGAUUUCCAGGUACUCCAUGGAAAAACUGCUCAUUAUUGCGGAUAGUGGGUCUCCCAUUGCAAAGCCUUCUUUCUAUCUUUAUAUUGUGUCUUUGAACUGAAAAUAGGUGGAUUUGGCAACAAAGCUUAGUAGUGUUUUGAUGUCACUGUCAGGUUUGUGCGUCUCUUGAGGGUACGGUUUUCCUUGAGGCGUUCCUGUACG